UUUUUUCACUCCGAUGGAAACGAGAGGAGUGUGAACACGGGAGAGAUUCGCGCCUCUGACUGCGCCUGUCGAAAUCUGGCCAUGCGUCGCGCGAAAUGGCUUCCAGCGGCGGCGUGUUUUCUUCCUCGCCUCGGUCGCGCAGCCGUCUGUCAGCAACUGCGCAGGCUCACGAGUCUUUCCACCACUUGUCGCUUCCCCAUUGGCUGAUUCGCUAUCUUUGCCCGAGCUUUUUAGGGCUCGACACCUCACCUCUCGCAGUCUCCCAGCCCCACCUUCUCUCCGCCCUCAGAAACCCAAACCCGGAAAAAGAGAGAGCGCGACGAAGAACAGAGAGAGGAAAAAUAUAGGAGAGAGUGAGAACUUCUACACAAAAGAGGGGGAGAAAAGAUGUCUUCGGCCGAAUCAACUCGUGAAGAGAAUGUGUACAUGGCCAAGUUGGCCGAGCAGGCAGAGAGGUAUGAGGAGAUGAUAGAAUCCAUGGAGAAGGUGGUAAAGACUGUGGACACAGAGGAGCUCACUGUAGAAGAGCGCAACCUUCUGUCUGUGGCCUACAAGAAUGUGAUCGGGGCCCGCCGGGCCUCAUGGCGCAUCAUUUCCUCAAUCGAGCAGAAGGAGGAGAGCCGUGGGAAUGAGGAUCAUGUUGCCGUGAUCAAGGAGUACCGGGGGAAGAUUGAAGCUGAGCUCAGCAAGAUCUGUGAUGGCAUCCUGAAGCUGCUUGAUUCCCACGUCAUCCCAUCUGCCGCUGCUGCUGAGUCGAAGGUGUUCUACCUCAAGAUGAAGGGAGACUACCACAGGUACCUUGCGGAGUUUAAGACGGGGGCAGAGAGGAAGGAGGCUGCUGAGAAUACACUGAUGGCUUACAAGUCUGCUCAGGAUAUUGCUCUGGCUGAACUGGCCCCAACUCACCCAAUAAGGCUCGGGCUUGCACUUAAUUUCUCUGUGUUCUACUAUGAGAUCCUGAACUCCCCAGACCGUGCUUGCAGUCUUGCAAAACAGGCUUUUGAUGAGGCUAUAUCUGAGUUAGACACUUUGGGUGAGGAAUCCUACAAGGACGGUACACUGAUCAUGCAGCUUCUCCGGGACAACUUGACCCUUUGGACCUCUGAUAUCACGGAAGAUGCUGGGGAUGAGAUCAAAGAAGCUCCAAAGAAGGAAGCAGGAGAGGGGCAGUAAUGGACCUAUCUGUUCUUUCAGGAUGGUGCCAUGUACCAUGGGGUUUGUGGUUUCUUUUGAGCGGAUAUAGUGGUAAUUCAUAUAAACAUUCAGGAUGCUACUCGAAACUGCUGUUGUGUGUGGGUGUACCUCUUUUCUAUUUGACCUACCAGCAAACAUGUUUUACUUAUUGAUUGCUGUUCUAAUUGUGCAAACUCGUUUUCUUUUCUAUUCAUGUGGUGGAUGGUGUUCUGUUGAAAUAUAUUAAAUUAUAGACUGAGGAUUUCAAAGAGUA